AUGGUCCGCGCUAUCAAAGGCACCCUGGUGGAGUGCGACCCCUCGAUCAAGUCCAUCAUAGUCAGCAUCGACAGCGAGAACAACGAUCUGAUCAUCAUGGACCUCGACGAUUCCCAUCUCGUCGUUAAGGACAACAUGGUGGCCAUCAUGAAGGAGAGACUCGAGUUGCGGCUAAGGGAGACGGUUCCUUACGUGGAGAACGACUCGGAUUCCGAUCGUGAUGUCAAAUAA